CUGGCUACUUUGCAGGCAUCAUCUUCUGGAGCUAAUAGGUUUAGUAUUUUGUUGUUGUGAUUUCCUUUUUUCCAGGCGUUUGUAUAGCUACAGUUAGUAGUAGAUAUUAUAUUCCUUUGGAUGUUGGUUGAAUACAGUGUUUUUUUCCAUAUCCUAGACGUUUGCACAUGAUGUCGGGCCUGUGGUGCUGCUCAGCCACUGAAUUCGCCCUCUUACUGUGCUACCGAGGUGUUGCAAGUCUCAAGGUGUUGCUGUCUGAAUGAUGAUUACGCGAUGUCUGAUGUUGAAGUCACGUACGCCGACUUCAUUGCAUCUGGCAGGACUGGGCGUAGGAACGCCCUGCAUGACAUCCUGCACAGUCCCACUGACCCUGAAGGCCGAGAGCUCUCUCUUACUCUGUCCCUGUCCCAGCUUCACAUUAAUGCAGGAGGGGGAGAUGCAAAUGACUCCGAUGACACUCAAAGCUCAUCCUCCUCGGCUCAAAGGGAGGCGGCGCAGAAGAACAGCUAACUGGACGCAGAAGAUUGCUGGAUUGAUUCCUGGCCCUGUUGGUUCCAAAUGUUUUCUUCACGCCUGACAGGUAGCUGGAGGUUAACCGAAUAUUGAUGCCUUUGCAUUACCUACUGAGACUAGUUAGUAGCAAGUCAGUCUAAACUCUAAAGUCCAGUAUGGAGGCAAUGAACUGGAAUUUGCACUUCGCUCUCAUGUCUUCUGUGCACGUUAACUACAGACCUUGAGGUGUGUGCUUUAGAGUUCAAGUGAAAUGAGAUGAAGUUGGUGUGCAAAUGAUUCCCCCCCCAUCAUUUAAUGAAUUAAAUGCAGUGCUAAAAACACUGAUGGGGGUGAAUGGAAAAGAGAAUCUCUGUUACUUUUGUUGUUGUGCAAGCAAUUUGUGAGCCCACUGAGACGUGCUAAUGUAAUGGGUCGCAGUGGAGGUAGCAUGUGUAUAGAGGUAGCGAUGCAGAUGGGGAUUAUAUUGCCAGUUAAUGGCUCGUGCUUCCUUGAAAUGGACACUACUGUAGAGAAAAUUAGACUGGCUGUAAGCAGAACUGGAAACACCGCAAAGAAACAUUGGGCUUUGAAUACUUGUCCAUUUUUAUGAGACUAAAUUGAACUGUCAUAUAGUCUCAUUUAUGUCAUAUCAAAUAACUCUAACCAUUUAAAAUAUAAAUCAUUUCAAGUGAAACAUCCCAUCCCAAAGAAGAGCCAAGAUAAGAUCAUAUAGAAAACUUAAAUGUGUCAAAUGUGUCUUGAAAAUGUCAUGCAAAUGUAUUGCACUAAAUAACGAAAUGCAACUGUACUAUAUUUAGGCAGUGAUUCUUUUGCAUACCACUAGAGGGAGCCCACGCACCACCAGUGGUACUAGUACAGCAUUGAGAAUCACUGCUAUGUAUUUAAUCUCAAAUUUUGAUGGUGUACUAUGUUGGACCAGAUGCCACUAAACUGUGCUCACAUUUCUCACUUAUUACACACAACCUUAACAAACCAUCUCACUUGCCACCACUUAUGGAAAUGUUGAACCUAGUAUAAGUUAUUUUUCACUCCUCUUAAAAUGUUUGCGCUUUAGCUGUUUGCUUGUAAUUUACACCUAUCUCUCCAAAGGUUUUGUGUGUGUUUUAUACUAUUUAUUUUCAUUUUACACCCAAAUAGUAUAUGUGGACCAUGAAAUAUAAAUACGGUAUAUUAUUACAAAAUUAAUUGUUGGCUUCUUGCCUUUUUACCACAGACAACAGUAUCAAUUGUCUCUUCUAACUUUUGGCAAACACUGAAAUAAGUGCAUUUCUCAAAACACGGACCUAUUUUUUUUUCAUGUAGAUAAUUAUGCAAUAUUGUGUGGAGCUUCCAGUAAGUAUGCCAAGUUUGGUGAAAGUGUCAAUUCUUACACAGAGGCACACUUUAUUCCUGAUUACUAUGCGUGGUAAUGGAUACAUCCCAUAAUCGACACAAAAAAAAAGCCAAAAAAAAGCAUUGUGCAUGUACAGCAGUUUUGAAAGUGUUAGAUUUAAGAGUGUGUUUACUGUCCAGGUUUACAAACUAUACUUUCCUCUUUGUGUGAACAUGUAUGCAUUUAUAUGACACUCCUCCAAUCAGGUUAUUUGUGAACUACCAUGUGACCAUAGUGACGACACUGUAAAUCCAACUAUUUAUUAAUCAGCUUGUAGGAAUGUGAGGUGCAUGAGUUUGAUAAAUGUCUUAACUGUGUAUUGUCUGUGACCUUUUUUCUACUCUUCGUGCCAAAGUAAAAUAAAUGACUGAUGGCUUUGA